ACUUUCCCGAAGAAAACCCCUAUGCCCAACCUCCUGCCCCGCCUUCCUUUCCCACCGCCGCCGGCGCUGCCUUCCCCCGCCACCGUCCCGCCUCCCAUCCUUACCACAGCCGGCGCUCUCACUCCAUCCGCCGUUCCUAGCUCGCCUUGGAUCCGGCCGCCGUCGAUCCCCAUCUCUUUGUCGGACCACGUCGCCCCGCCGUCGAAGGAGCUCUGGAUCCGCCGCCGACGCAACCCACCAGACCAGCUCGACCCGCCUCCUACCGGAUGCCGACGACUCGUCAACCUGAGGUGCUAUGGGCUCAACGCUCUGAAAAGGUGUACUUGACUAUCUCGCUGCCAGAUGCAAAAGAUGUUGUGCUGAAGACUGAACCCCAGGGCAUCUUCAGCUUCUCAGCUAUUGCCCAUGGAGAAUCUUUUAGCUUCACUUUGGAGCUAUUUGAUUCCAUACUGCCAGAGGGAAGUAAAACAAAGACAAAGGUGGGCUCUCGAAACAUAAUCUGUUCGAUCCAGAAAGAUAAGAAAUGUUGGUGGAAGCGCUUGCUGAAGUCAGAGGAAAAGCAUCCAUACAUCAAAGUUGACUGGAACAAAUGGUGCGAUGAGGAUGAAGAGUCUGAGACUUCAAUUGGUUCAGAUGAUGAUUUUGAUGAUGGGGAAAAUGACGAAAGCGAGGGUGAUGAUGGAAUGCUAUAUCUACCAGACCUUGAAAAGCUGGGAGGGAAGUGAGUAGACAACUUUGAUGACUGAAGUAGGCUUUUCUGUAGCAAGUAAUUGUUGAUGCUACAAAGUAGGGUUGUCACUAGUGCAAUUGGUGUCUUAUUGAUGCCUGCUAAACAUCUCAUGGCACCGGAUUUAUGGUCAUAACUUGCUUACCAUGUUCUUUAUCUUACCUACUACUCCUUGGUCGCCGUUGAGCUAGGGCCCUGAAUGUUGCUCUGAGGUGUGCUUUGCUAUCGACCUAAUUAUCUUUAGUGAAUGACUGUGGGGUUAGUAUUACAAUGCAGCAAAAAAAAAUGCUGAGCACGUUGUGGUUUCUCUUAUCAUGAUAUGAUUACAUGGAGUUAUGGCAGAAAGCUUUAUUAUUUCGA